AUGGAGUCUGUCCUGAUCUUCACCCUCCUGGGGGCAGCCGUUGCGUUUCCUACUGGAGAUGAAGAUGGGGACAAGAUCGUGGGAGGAUACAUCUGCCCCAAGAACUCGGUGCCCUACCAGGUCUCCUUGAACACAGGGGGUGCCCACCGCUGUGGGGGGACCCUCAUCAGCCCCCUCUGGGUACUGUCUGCUGCCCACUGCUACAACCCCGGCAUCCAGGUGAGACUGGGGGAGUACAACCUACGGGUGCUGGAGGACAGCGAGCAGUUCAUCUCAGCCGCCAAGAUAUUCCGCCACCCUGACUUCAAUAGAAGGACCGUGGACAAUGACAUCAUGCUGGUCAAGCUGGCCACCCCAGCUGCCCUGGACAACCACACCGUGGACACAGUCGCUCUGCCUACUGCCUGUGCCCUCCCUGGUGAUGAAUGCUUGUUGUCCGGCUGGGGCAACACUGUGAGCAGUGGCGAAAAAGUCCCAGCGCGGCUGCGGUGCCUGGAUGCUCCCGUGAUCUCUCAGCGCCAGUGCUGGAGCUCCUACCCAGGAAAAAUCACAAACAAUAUGUUUUGUGGAGGCUUCUUGAAGGGAGGCAAGGAUGCAUGCCAGGGGGACUCCGGUGGCCCCCUGGUCUGCAGUGGGCAGCUGCAGGGCAUUGUUUCCUGGGGCUACGGUUGUGCUCUGAAAGGCAAGCCUGGCGUCUACACCAAGGUGUGCAACUACCUGGACUGGAUCCAGCAGACCAUGGAGGCCAACUGA